UCUGCCCUUCUAGGACUAGAAGGCACACAUAGAUUCAUACAGACAUGCACACAAACACACGCACACACACCCAAAGCACAUAUGAAUGCUCCACACUGUGUACAUUUGCAUGCAUGCAUAUAUGAGUACAAACAUUCUGAAACAAGGACCAGACCCAGAAAGAUUUUAACACUUUCCAGUAAGUCGUUGAUAAAAAAAAAAACGCAAUGAAGACACUUUGGCUUUUAUUAACUCUUCUUCUGACAGUCUGCCUAGGGGUCUUUUGCAGAAACCAGGAGGAAAAACUUAUUAAGCACUUGUUUGAAGAACGUGGGUACAAUAAAGAGGUGCGGCCAGCCAAAUCCAAGAAUGAACCUGUUGAUGUGUACCUUGCAUUAACUCUCUCCAAUCUCAUCUCUUUGAAAGAAACUGAUGAAACUCUGACUUCCAAUGUGUGGAUGGAACACGGUUGGUAUGACCACAGGCUAACAUGGAAUACAUCUUUGUUUGAUGACAUUUCUAUACUUCGACUACCUGCAGACAUGGUGUGGCAACCACAGAUUGUGCUGGAGAACAACAAUGACGGACAGUUUCAAGUCGCAUAUUACUGCAACGUACUGUUGUACCCUAAUGGCUACGUCUACUGGUUACCACCAGCUAUCUUCCGUAGCACCUGCUUAAUCAAUGUAAACUUCUUCCCCUUUGACUGGCAGAACUGCAGUUUAAAGUUCAGGUCACUAGCAUACAGUGCAAAGGAGAUCACAAUGCACUUGAAACUGGAGAAAGAAAUGAAUGGAGAGAACAACACAAGGGACUAUCCUGUGGAAUGGAUAAUCAUUGAUCCAGCUGGUUUUACUGAAAAUGGUGAAUGGGAAAUAAUUCAUAUGCCAGCACGAAAAAACAUUGAUAAAACAGUCCCUCUUGACAGCUGCACCUACCAAGACAUCACUUUUUACCUGAUCAUCAAAAGAAAACCAUUGUUCUACAUCAUCAACAUCAUCAUCCCUUGCAUCCUCAUCUCCUUCCUGGCAUCACUGGUCUACUACCUGCCUGCUGACAGUGGAGAAAAGAUGACGAUGUCAGUUUCUGUACUGCUGGCACAAGCUGUCUUUCUUCUACUGGUCUCCCAGCGGCUCCCAGCAACUUCAUUUGCUGUCCCUCUCAUUAUAAAGUAUAUCAUCUUUAUGAUGGUUCUGGUAACCAUUGUUGUAGUCAGCGCUGUCAUUGUGCUGAAUCUCCACUUCCGUACACCAAGUACCCACACAAUGAAUAAAUGGAUCAAAAAGUUCUUCCUGGACAAGCUACCACAAUUUCUGCACAUGUCCAAGCCAGCAGCUAGUGACACACAUCUACAAAAUGGAGCUCUUCAACGGCGAAGUAGCUCAGUUGGUUACAUUGUGAAAGCUGAAGAAUACUUCACGGUGAAGUCCCGCAGUGAUUUAAUGUUUGAGAAGCAGUCAGAGCGUCAUGGCCUGACAAGCCGGAUUACCCCAAGAUAUAACUGUUCCCUAGGAUGUGGUGAUAAGGUGACAGAUCAGCUCUAUGCAGAAUUAAAGCCAGCCAUUGACAACACCAAUGUGAUCGUCAAACACAUGAGAGAGAAGAACGACUACAGUGAGGAAAAAGAUAAUUGGAAUAGAGUUGCUCGGACAGUGGAUCGUCUUGGCCUUUUCCUUAUGACUCCAACCAUGAUUCUGUGGACAAUGUGGAUCUUUUUGUUGGGUACCUACAAUCACCCCCCACCACUGCCUUUCCAAGGCGACCCUUUUGACUAUAAAGAGGUGCACAGACGCUUCAUUUAAAGGAUUUGCUAAUUCAUCAGGAAUGGGAUGGCUUCAUUUUACUGCAUUCAUCUGCAGUUCACUUUCUGUCUGCCAUUUUUUUAGCAUUAAUGACUUUUAAUUUUUAUUCAGAUGUUUUGCAUGUGUAUUAUUUUAUUUCUUUCACGUUUUUCAUUUCCUUUUGUUUGCAAGAGGCCAGUUUCAAAUUUUGUGUUACUAAAUAUUUUCUGAAAGUAUUUUCGAUGAAUAAAGAACAGCAUAAUUAAAUAUGAAUGCAACAUUUCUGGCAAAGUAUGCCUGUGUUUUAAUAGUAGUUGAGGGCAUCAGGAAACAUUUACUAUUUUGCAAUGACAAAUAAGGUUUCAUUUUAUCAAUUCUGUUGAGCACUGCAGUAAAAACAGAAAGGUUUAGAAGAAGGGAAGGAACAAACACACACCAAAGAUGAUAGACUUUGCAUGAUAUUCAUAGUACAGUGGGGUAUGUAUGUUGGUUGCACACAACCACAGGUGAUAUGCAAUUCAGACGUAAGCUGUAGUCAUGUGCAAUGGUAGGAAAGUCAAAGAACUUCCUAGGCAAAUGAAAUAUAAUGACAUGUAAAUAAUUCACAUUUUGCACAAAUUUCUCAACUAUGCAAAUAAGGUAUUAUUCUUGCCUUUUGCAAUUCAGAGUUGCAAUUUGCUACACACGUCUGUGUUGUGAAUUUGCCUACUAAAAUUGAAUCCAUGCCUUUUCCAGUCACUUUGCAAUUAUUUAAGAUGUUCUGCUGUUACUGUAUCCUACUUUGAGCUGCUUUCUUCUGUUGUACCACAACCCAGUGCAAUUUGUAGCACUCAAUGGCCUUGGAGAAGUAGACACAAAUAAUUAACCAUUCCACCUUAGCAAAGCAAGAGCUGCUUGACCAAUUUAUAGUGGACAGGGAGUAUAAAAAGGCUUUAUUGAGCUUUUAUGUCCCACAGAUUGGAACAUUUUGUUACAACAUAUGUAUAGCCCUUACUGUACUUUCUAUGGUAACCCUUCAGACUGCAGACAUGUUGGGUUUUUCACUGACCUUUGUCCCAAGGAUACAGCAUAUACUCCUAGCCCAUGUGGAUGAGCAUAUCUAUUUGCCAGUGUUACCACAGGACCAAAGCUAAAACAACUUGUGUGUGUUAAAUGGAACAGUUCAUCUUCCUGAGGGUGCUCGGUGGUUUAGAUCACAUCCAUGUGGCUAUUAAAUCCCCAUCUGGACCACAGUGGGAGAGGUACCACAAAAAUGAAAGGUUACCAUUUUAUCAACUGCCAGGUAGUAUGUGAUGCACAUGGCUGUAUCACCAACAUACUGGCCUAGCAUUCAGGUAGCAGCCAUGAUUCCCACGUGUCCCACAAGUUCACUUUACUAUACCCUGCAUGGUACAAACUCUCAUGGACACUUAGCUGGAAAGCACACCCAAAACAACUUUGCUCCCCAUGACUAUUUCUCUAUAUAUUCACUACAUUUUAAAUGACUAACCAACCCAUCUUCAUGUGUCCCCUUCCAGUUAUGUUAUCCAGGUGAUGAAGGCUACUCGUUUGAAUUUUGUUAAUGACACCACUCCAUAACCUGCAGGAAGCUGCAGAGGAGUGCACAAAACUAUUUCUGCUGCUGCUGAAUGAGUCUGGAAGGACCUACAGUAUGAUUCUCCUACUCCAUGUAGAACAUUUUCUGCUUGUUGCAUUCUGCAGCUACAUAACAUGAUUAUGCAUUGGUCUGACUGAUGCUGUUAGUGUAGCUUGUUCUAUCCUUUGUUCCACCACUGACAACAGUAAAAGUGGUAGGAAAAUGGCAGUAGAAUGGCUUUCUCUCAGGCAGACUCAUGCACAAUACACAGUAACUCAGACAAAGAGUAGCAUCUAAUCGCCAGCUAUGGGAUAUGAAAAUCAAUAUGUAACACUGUAGUUACAAAGAUAAUACUUUGUUCAUGUAGUGCUACAUGUGGGCUCUGUUGAGUGGUGCGUGAUCAACUUGCACUGUACAUCACACAAUCCUCCAGACAUCAUAUACAAACAUGUAGUUUAUAUGGUCAUAUCAUUUGAAGAAUGUUUACUGGUCAAUGGCACAAGUACAAAUUAUAUCAACAUGGUGGAGUGGUAGACACUGGCCAGGAUGUGAAAUGCUGCAUAUAGACAUAGUUGCCUUUUGUUUUUUUGAUUCAUGCUGAAGAUUUGUACUGUUGUACACAUACCUUAUGUAUCCAUAAAAUGGUUUCCUAUAAUGCUCAGUAUCUUUAUAUAAAUUUUCUUUAAAUUCUUCUUGAUCUUUUCUUGUAGUGUGUUUAAUGUUUCUGUUCAGCUUGUUUAUGUCAGUUUUCAAAGUUAUAGUCUUACCUCUUUUCCAUUUCUUAUAUAUUUCUUUUGUCUCCCACCUCUUAUUAAUAUGGAAAUAUAUCCUGCCGUCAUGUGCCUGGAUUCUGGUGUUAAAACUUUUAUUUUUGCAUUUAAAAAAAUCUCU